AUGACUAAUCUCCAGGAAAUCAUCACUGGAUACAGGACAACUUUCCAGAAGCAACGAUUCAUGGCAGCAGCAGCUAUGAAGAGAAUGAAGAAUUAUUUCUACUGGCUUUAUUUUCAAUAUUUGAUGAUUACCUGUGGCAAUGACUUUGAAAAGUGGGAACAAAUAGUGAUCCACAUUUUUACUACAACUACUUUUACCAUGCUGGCAUACACGGCUUAUGUGUUCAUUCCUAUUCAUCUGCACCUGGCGUAUCAGUUUCUACAAUUUUUAAUCAGAUAG